CGCACAAUGGGUGGAGAUCAUUACUGUUUCCUUCCAAAUACCAACUGAUCAUCGUCCCACGGGAUGGGAAAACGGUGACCGCUUAGAGGGGUUUGAGCGAUGUGCCAGGACUUGUGGAUCUGGAUUACACAAGCAUAAUGGACUGGGCCUUUGAUAAGACUUCUCUGCGAAAGGAUUUACACCAGGAUUCUUUGAUCUGUUUGCCAUAAUAUCAUAGAGUCAACUCAUGUUGCACCAUUGCCAUAUAUCUGCAAUCAUACCUACAGCGAUCGAUCACCUCCCCCCUGGAUACUGUUUUGGGAUUAACCCAAAUAUAAAAUCCACGACCACAGCAUCACAGGCUGUUCUCUGCCUACUGUUUGUGUUUUUAUGUGUUGUCCUGAACGCCUGUCCAUCGCGGCUCAGACUCCACAAAAUCAUGGAACCCAACAUGGAGUACAUUGUCGCUCAGGUGACGCAGAAAGAGGUCGGGCGACGGUUUCAAGUGGGACCAGAAAUCAUAGACUACAUCCUGGACAGACAGAAGUCACAUGAUCUGGAACAUGAUCAGAUGAAGUUGGACACGAUGGUGGACAGUCUAGCGACCUCGUGGGUCAACGCAAGUAAUUUCAAGGUGGCACUGCUGGGAAUGGAUAUAGUGUCUGCUUUAGUGAUGAGACUACAGGAACGAUUCAAAACACAAAUAGGAACAGUUCUUCCUAGUAUAAUGGAUCGUUUAGGCGAUUCUAAAGACCAAGUUCGAGACCAAGCCCAAACACUUCUCUUAAAAAUCAUGGACCAAGCGGCCAAUCCACAGUAUGUUUGGGACCGAAUGCUGAGUGGAUUCAAGCAUAAAAACAACAGAACCAGAGAAGCUGUUUGCUUUUGCCUUAUUUCCACUCUUAAUGUAUAUGGAGCCCAAGGGUUAACCCUCAGCAAGAUUGUUCCUCAUAUUUGUAAUCUUUUGGGAGACCCCGCUAGUCAGGUCCGAGACGGUGCAAUGAAUUGCCUGGUGGAGAUUUACAAACAUGUGGGUGAGAGAGUGAGGAUCGAUCUUGGGAAAAAGGGACUCCCACAAUCACGGUUGAAUGUGAUUUUCAGCAGGUUUGAUGAAGUCCAGAGGUCUGGGAAUAUGAUCCUGUCUGCAGAUAAGAACAUUGACGAUGAUGAUUCCGUGGAUGGAGGCCGUUCCUCGUCGUCUUCUAAAGGAGCGUCGUCGGUGCGGCGGACCGGAUCCAUGCGGCAGCCGAGCUCUGCCUCCAGCACGAAGAGCUCAGGUAAAGAAAGUGCAAGUGCCGGUGCCCUUGAUGAAGAAGACUUCAUUCGUGCCUUUGAAGAUGUGCCCGCCAUACAGAUCUACUCCAGUCGGGAGCUCGAGGAGUCCUUGAAUAAAAUCGAAAAGAUUCUCUCCGAUGAGAAACACGACUGGGAGCAGAGAGUGGCAGCAUUGAAGAAGGUGCGCUCUCUGCUGUUGGCGGGCGCGGCUGAUUACGACGGCUUCUCACAGCAUUUGCGGCAACUCGAGGGGGCGUUCAAGCAGUCCGCCAAAGAUCUGCGCUCGCAGGUGGUGCGAGAGGCCUGUAUCACACUGGGGUAUCUGUCGUCUGUGUUGGGGAGUAAGUUUGAUCAUGGAGCAGAGAACAUCAUGCCAACGUUACUAAACCUCGUACCAAACAGCACGAAAGUGAUGGCGACGUCUGGAGUGGCAGCGAUCCGUCUUAUUAUACGACACACACACUACCCACGACUGAUCCCGAUCAUGACCAACAACUGCAAGUCUAAAUCUGUGGCCGUCAGACGCCGCUGUUUUGAGUUUUUGGAUAUGUUGCUUAGGGAGUGGCAGACAAAUUCUUUGGACAGGCAUGUAGCUGUUCUCGUGGAAACUAUUAAAAAAGGAGUACAUGAUGCCGAUUCAGAAGCAAGAUCCGUUGCUAGAAAAUGUUACUGGGGUUUUCAUGCACACUUCAGUAAAGAGGCGGAGCAGCUGUUUCAGGCGCUGGAACUGAGCUAUCAGAAAGCGCUUCAGUCUCAUCUGAAGGGUUCGGACAGUAUCAUGUCUUUGCCGCAGUCUGAUCGCUCGUCUUCAAGCUCACAAGAGAGUUUAAAUCGGCCAUCGUCGGCUAAAACGCCUGUCGGGAGCAACUUGAGCAGAACUAAAGCCGUGAGUUCUCGUGUGUCGUCCACGGCAGGCUCACUGCAGCGAUCGCGCAGUGACGUCGACGUCAACUCUGCAGCCAGCGCCAAGUCUCGAAUGCCCACCGUACCCGCUGCUGCCCCCUUCAGCUCUGCCGCAGCAUUGCCGCCCGGCUCCUACGCCUCACUGGGCCAUGUGCGCAAAAGACGACAGAGUUCAGAGACUGCUGCUGGGGGCGGAGCCUCUGUGACAGACAGCAGGGGGAGGAGCCGAGCCAAAGUUGUGUCCCAAUCACAACGAUCCAGAUCGGCUAAUCGAGUGGGGGGUAAAACUCACGCUGGCAGUCGCUCUAAUUCACCCCGGAGGCUGUUGGCUCAUUCAUACGGAAGAGCUGCUCACGUCACUGGAUCCAGUGGAGCGCCGUCAGAUAAACGCAAUCAAAUUCCUCAAGAGACCAAAGAGACCAGCCCUACCCGCAGCAGAGAGGUGAGGGGCAGUCGAAUCCCAAGGCCCAGUAUGAGUCAGGGUUGUAGUCGUGAUACGAGUCGUGAGAGCAGCAGAGACACGAGUCCGGCUCGAGGGUUCAGUCCGCUGGCAUCCCACAGACACUCACGGUCGACGAGCGCGCUGACGGCGGGCGACGGCCUGCAGACAGAUCGGUUUGGUCUGAUUCAUCACGCUCGUAUCUCGGCAUCUGUUAACGCCAUGCGGAUCUUGAACACGGGCACAGAGGUGGAAGCUGCUGUAGCAGAUGCUCUGCUGUUAGGAGACUCCAGGAAUAAGGUGAGACCGAUGCGCCGCCGUUAUGAGUCUCCUGGCAUGUACUCUGAUGACGAUGCCAACAGUGACGCGUCCAGCGCUUGUUCGGAGCGCUCCUUCAGCUCUCGUAAUGGAGGUAUCCCGCAUUACCUGCGGCAGACGGAGGACGUGGCUGAAGUUCUGAAUCACUGCGCCAGCUCCAACUGGUCUGAGCGGAAGGAAGGACUGCUGGGGCUCCAGAACCUUCUGAAGAGCCAAAGAGUCCUCAGUCGUGUAGAGUUAAAGAGACUCUGUGAAAUCUUCACCAGGAUGUUUGCAGAUCCUCACAGCAAGAGAGUGUUCAGUAUGUUCCUGGAGACGCUGGUGGAUUUCAUCACCAUGUACAGAGAAGAGCUUCAGGAUUGGCUGUUUGUGUUGCUCACGCAGCUGCUGAAGAAAAUGGGGGCCGAUCUUUUGGGGUCCGUUCAGGCCAAGGUCCAGCGGGCCCUAGACGUUACCAGGGAUUCGUUUCCAUACGAUCAGCAGUUCAACAUCCUGAUGAGAUUUAUUGUUGAUCAGACACAGACUCCGAACCUCAAGGUGAAGGUGGCCAUCCUGAAGCACAUCGAGUCUUUGUCGAGACAGAUGGAUCCAUCAGACUUCGUUAAUUCGAGCGAGACUCGAUUGGCUGUUUCUCGAAUCAUCACGUGGACAACAGAACCAAAGAGCUCAGACGUUAGAAAGGCCGCACAGAUGGUUUUGAUCGCCCUGUUUGAGCUGAACACACCAGAAUUCACCAUGUUGUUGGGCGCCCUUCCCAAAACCUUCCAGGAUGGAGCUACAAAACUUCUACACAACCAUCUAAAGAACAACAGUCACGUCACUGCAGUGGCGUCACCCAGCAGUACAGUCGGACGAUUGCCGCCGAGACACCCUGUUUCCCGGACGAGCCCCCUGACGUCACCCACUAACCGUUCUCAUGGAGGACUUUCAGCCAGUAUGUUGGAGUACGACACAGAGAACAUGAACUCUGAGGAGAUCUUCAGCUCUUUGAGAGGCGUAACCGAAGCCAUCCAAAGCUUCAGUUUCCGCAGUCAGGAGGACAUUCUGGAGCCGAUCAAACGUGACGGCAAGAGGGAUGAUACGACGGGUGUGGCUUCGUCGUGUGCAGACCCUCGGCUGUCUGCAGGUCUGAUGGAGGGGGGCCGAACUGCACUGGACAACAAGACGUCAUUAUUAAACACACCAUCCCCGCGGGCGUUCAGCGGGCCGUGCUCACGGGAGUACAACCCGUACAACUACAGCGACUCCAUCAGCCCCUACGAGAAAGGAGCGCUCGCUGUGUUCGAAGACGUGGAGCAACGUGGAGACAGUCGUCAACAAGAGUGUGGGGAAAACAAAAUCAUACAUCCUAAGAGUUUGUCUGCAGGACCCGGGCAGCACCUGGAGAUGGUUGGUGACCUGCUGAAGGAGCUGUCCAAUCACAGCGAGCGUGUGGAGGAGAGGCGGGCCGCUCUGCUGGAGUUGUUGAAGGUUACCCGUGACGACAGUCUGACCAUGUGGGAGGAGCAUUUUAAAACCAUGCUGCUGUUGCUAUUGGAGACGCUGGGAGAUAAAGAUCACACUAUUCGAGCGUUGGCUCUGCGUGUCCUGAAGGAGAUCAUGCGCAGUCAACCAGCACGAUUUAAAAACUACGCAGAACUCACCAUCAUGAAAACACUGGAGGCCCAUAAAGACUCUCACAAAGAGGUGGUGCGGGCCGCAGAAGAAACGGCAGCGACACUCGCGAGCUCCAUCCACUCCGAACAGUGCACUAAAGUUCUGUGUCCGAUCAUCCAGACGGCCGAUUACCCCAUCAACCUUGCCGCUAUUAAAAUGCAGACCAAAAUCAUUGAGCGCAUUUCCCAGGAUUUCCUGCUCCAGCUCCUACCCGACAUUAUACCAGGACUGCUACAGGCUUAUGAUAACACCGAGAGCAGUGUACGGAAGGCCAGUGUGUUUUGUCUGGUGGCCAUUUAUUCUGUUAUUGGUGAAGAUCUGAAGCCACAUCUACAGCAGCUGACCUGCAGUAAGAUGAAGCUGUUGAAUCUGUACAUCAAACGGGCUCAAACCACCAACAGCAACAGCAGCAGUUCUUCAGACAUCUCGUCGCACAGCUGAACUACUCCCUGAUGCCCCCGACAUGUCCUGCUGAAUCCAGCUGAAUUUAGACAUCCUUUAACUCUGUCAAACGCUCGUGCACAAAGAACUCGUGCAGCUGUCCAUUGUGCAAGGAGAUCCUGUUUAAACGCACGUGUCAAUGCGCCUUAUUAAAAGGCACAUGCUUUAUUUAACACUAUUUUAAGAGGUGGUAACAACUUGUUUGCAUCUGAAUUUAAACAGACAUCAGAUUUGUACGUGAGGCAGUGGUUGUGCCAACAUUACCGUCCCGUCUGUAAGAAAACUGAUGUUAUGCAUUUUAUUCGGCAGCAGAAGUGUGUUACGUUUCUCAUCGCAUUUAGUUUCUCUUUAAAUUCAGUAUUAGUUUUUACUGUUACGUUUAUUUAACAGCUUUGCAGUGCCGUAUAUCUUAAGAUUUCAUGCAAAAAUGAAAAUUCCUUCAUUAUUUACUCACCAUCAUGUCGUUCCAAACAUUUAUGACUUUGUUCUUUGGAGCACAAAUGAUG